AUGAUGGGGUACAAGAGAAAGAAACAGGCAGAGUUCGAUGACUAUACCGAUGUCUCAUUCAAAGAGAAAUUUGGAGUACAUAAAGUCGUAGCCAAACAACUCCUUGAGGACAUUAAAUUCACCGAGCAACACUGGCUGAUGUGGACACUGGACUUCUUGCGAAACUACAACUCUUUCAACUAUAGCUCGGCACACUUUGGAGUAUGUGAUAAGAACUUCAGAGAGAAAGUUUGGAUGGUGAUUGACAGUAUCAAACAGCUCAGCAUCAAGCACCGCACACUUUCAAAGACUAAGUUCGACAAAGAUAAAGAGAGCCUUCCAGAUCAUGCCGCAGAUCAUCCUGAAGCAACUAUUGCAUUGGCUGUCGACUCCACCUUCUGCGACCUGGAGACUAAAGACAAUGGAUUCUACAACGGUGAGAAGAAGAGGUUUGGUGUGAAGUAUGAAGUUGCAUGUGUAGUUAGAACUGGAGAAAUUGUGUGGGUGUCCGGACCGCAUGGGGCAUCCGAGGCUGACGUUGACAUUUACAGACAAGGGCUUAAGCAAGAAUUGAUGGCAAUUGACAAGGUCAGGGCAGUCGCUGACAAAGGAUACCAAGGCGAACCUGACACACUAAUCACGCCCUUCAAAAAGAAGCAAGGAGCCAUUCACCUCCCCCCAAUGGAAAAGAUCUACAAUGACUGGGUUCAGUCUAUUCGAUUCAUCAUCGAGAAUAUAUUCAGUAGCUACAAACUAUUCAAUGCAUUGAAUAGACAAUUCCGAGGAACAGUGGACCAGCACCGAGAUAUCUUUGAUGUAAUCACAUAUAUCAUCAACCUUGACACAAAAUUCAAAAUUAAUCAU